GUGGUGGAGGUAGGAAGCGUGCGUGGAGAGCUCCCGGUGACCGUGACUUGAACCGGACCGUGCUCUGAAACACAUCUGCGCGCACCUCUACUGCACUGAAAAGGCUCUAGUUGAAGUGAUCGACCAGAACGAAUGAUAGACAGUACGAAGAGAGAGAGAAAGAAAAAAACAAAAACAAAAAAACAAGACAAAACAAAACAAAAACAAAAAAACAAGUGUGAUUUAUUAAUUUAUACAUUUAUUUGAUUUUUUUCACCCUAACUCGAAUUCUUGAUGUUUUGAAUUUAAGAGUUACACGUUGAAAGUAAACAAGAAAAAAGAAGAAGAAGAAGAGUUAUUUUUGUGUACAUGUGACUUGAAGAGAGAGAGAAAGAGAGAGGGGAAAAAAAAGCGAGACAAAUACAAUGAUAAAUACAGGAAGAAACGCACAUACAAAUAAAGUGAAGAGGAACAAAGAUAAGUAAUAAUAAUGGAAGAGUUAUUAGAGAUUGAGAAAAAGGAGAGAAAGAAAAGAGAACACUGGAAAAUAUAUGAAACUUAAUCACGGAAAAGGAAGAAAAGGGAAAGAAAAAGAUAAGAUACGAGGUGAUAAUUAAUAAGGAAAACGGUGAAUAAUGAAAGAUAGAUAAUAAAAAUAAAAAAAAUGAACGAGUGAACUGACAGAAAAGAAAACAAACAAAAUACUGAUAAAAAUAAAGACAGAAAGAAAGAAAAGUAAGAACGAGGAUAAGAAAAAAACAAGAAAGAGAGAAAGAGAAAGAAUAGAAAGAAGAAAACAGAGAGGAGGAGGAGGAGGAGGAGAAGGGGAAGGAAGGAACAGGAGAUAAACACUAGCACCCGAGAGAGAGAGAGAGAGAGAGAGAGAGAGAGAGAGAGAGAGAGAGAGAGAGAGAGAGAGAGAGAGAGAGAAUAAGAUGAAGAAGACUCGUAACAAUCAAAUCAACAAACCACGAACCACAAGAAGAAGAGGAAGGAGAAGAAAAACUGAAAAAUAGAGAAACAAAACGAAAAAAAGAAAGAGAAAUAGAGAUAAAAUAGGAUAAGUAGAGGAAGAAGGAAGAAAGAAGCAUCAUGAUGGAUUCGAAGGAGUGGUUCAGUCUUCGUCAACUGUACCGAAGCAGGUUUUCGAACACCAAAAUGAACCCGGCCAAACUCAGCCUCUCUCGCAUCAGACAAGGUGCCGGGAUGUGCGUGAGCCGUGCCGGGGGCGUGGUGGGCGUGGUGGGGGCCGCCCUUAUCUUCCUGGGCCUUCUGCAGGUGGUGGCUGGCACGUAUUUCAUGCUGGCGCUACCCAUCUUUAAGCUUGGCUCAAAUUUGUGGACCGGAGCGUGGUCUGUAGUGUGCGGGCUGGUGGUGGGCGUGCUGGCGUGGCGCGGGCGUGCCUUGAAGAGAGGACAGGUGGUGCUGGUGGCGACCCUCAGUGUUCUUGUGGCUAAUGUGGCAAAUCUGGUCAUUCUACAGGUCGGGGAGAAAAGCGUAUUCCUGACGGAGGAUGACAGGAGAACCAUCGUGAGGGAGAACCAGGAGAACCAGUUAAGGAUAGCGCUGUGGCUGACGACGGUGGUGUCAGCGGUGGGCAUCGGUGUCAGCUUCCUGGGGGCGCAGUACCUGUUCUGCGCCGUGGUGCGGGGGCCCAGGGUGAAGGGACGGAUGCCGGUCACCAGGUCCUUGUCUGACGAGGACCUACAGAGGCCCCAGGAGCCGCAGGACUCCACGCCGUCGCUGGAGGACGUGGUGGCGCUGCCUGACCCCGCCCGCUCCUCCGCCUGGGUGUACAACCCUGAUGAGGACAAGGGCCCCGUCCCUCUGGGUCCUCCGGGGCUGGACCUGCUGUGGGACUGUCCCGACGGUCCCCGCAGGCUUCCUGCCGCCCGCCACGCCUCCUUCGCCACCGCCAGGUUUGCCCGAGUGCACCAGCGGCCACAGAGGGCGCAGAGCUUCGUGGUGAGGAGGGACUUGCUGCUGAGCGCCUCAGAGGGCCGCCCCGCCAUGGCCCCCGCCCCCGUCAGGUGCCCCGAGCUACCAGGGACGCGCACCUGCCCGCGCUAUGCCAAGCCUAACGUGCGUCGCAUCUACAGGUCCAACUCUGUAACCGACAAGACACUGCUGGGGGAGGCCGCCGCCGCCGCGGCCGAAGCGGGAGCUGCCCUCAGCCGCAGGUUCCAUGCAGGCUCCCUGGACGACCUGGACGCGGGGCCCAUCAUCGAGGUGGGCAUGGCGAGGGAGGUGAGUCGCUCCGAGCACACGCUAGCCACCUGCAGGACCUCCUUCUGCCACGCGCCCUCCACCGCUGACGAGGACGAGGAAGAGGACGAGGUGGAAGAGACCACUGUGCCUGUCAUCCACCGCUCCGCCUCCAGCGUGAAGGACCACCAGCUGGAGGGCAAGGCUGUCCUCUCCUCCUUUAACCCCGUCAGCUGCCCCGCCCCGACCCGCCUCACCAAACAGAAGGGCCCCGCCCCACUCCCUCCCACCAAACCCAAACCACCCCCGCCCCCCGCCGCUCAGCCUCAGGGUGACCAAGGGCCCUCAGGUCCCACCAAGCCGCCGGACGAAGGAAUCGAGUUCAGCGAUGAAGAGAAGGAGGCGGAGGCGACGUGCCGCGUGGCAGAGAGCGGCGCGCCGCGGGAAGGACGUGCCCCUCCGCCUGCCGUAGAAGAGAACAAUGGCAGCAGCAGCAGCAGCAGCCGCAAGCGCCCCGCCCCGCAGCCCCGCACCUCCCUCCCUACAACCUCGCUGUCUUGCGAAGUUGAGGGAGAGACAGCCUCGGAAGUAUCUCGUGAACCUCCGCCGCCGCCGCCACCGCCGCCGUCAUUGACCAAGAAGGCUGAGCCUCCCAAAAUCCCUCGCCCUGAGAUAGUUAAGCCACCACGCCCUUCCGUUGCCGACAAAAACCUCCGUGCUGGUGGCGUGGGUGGCGGCCGUCCCGCCCCCGCACGGUGUCGCGGCGUGGGGGAGGAGGCGGCCACCUUGCGGCGCCUGGAGGAGGUACUGACGGGCAUCCUGGACCGCGGCACCGCGCCGCCGCUCCGAGCCACGCGGUCUGAGGAGAAUCUGAUGGAAAGCUUGAGGGUGGCGGAACAGGAGGCAAGGACGCCUAAGGGCAUCCUGAAGAAUGGUCCUGCCAAGCCUAGCCGCUACGAGCAGGAGCACCGCGAGGCCCUGCAGGACUCCCGCGCCUUGCUGGAGCAGCUGCCGCGCGGCGAGCUGCAGCGCCACAAAAUCGUGCUGCGAGUGCCCUCCUUUAGAACGGCGGGCUGCCAGACGGAGGCCUCCAGACCCCUGCGGCGUCGCGCUUCCUGCGCCCAGACAGGAUUCAGUACCGCGCCUAGGCUGAGGGACGCGGCGGCUGCCACCACCGCCACCCCUGCGCCCCCCAUCACAUCCUCCUCUUCCUCCUCCUCCCGCUCCUCCCUGACGGAUCGCUCCAGGAAGAAGUCCUCUUCGGUCCUCGAGUCCUCGUCCUCGUCGUCAGGAUACUCGAGCCCCGAGGUGAGCAGCAAAGCCGCUUCACCCUCCCACUCCGGGCCGCCCUCGCCCGCCUCCUCCUCAGUGGGCGUGAGCGACGAGGAGGAGAGGCGGCGGAGGCGCUCGGCGGACACCAACGUGACGGUGAUCGAGGUGAACAAGAGUGCCGGCGACCCGCCGCCGCGGCGCCCCGCGCUAUGGCAAGGCCUGGACACUGUGCCCCCUCCGCGGCCCCCCAAACCCUUCCGGCUGCGACCGCUGUCUGACGCGGGCACGCUCCUGGGCAGCCCCGGCGGCCUGCUGGUGCCCGUGCCGCGGCGCGCGUCGCAGCUGUACGAGGACGUGUUCGGGCUGGCGGCGCUCACAGAGAACGUGAUGCUGCUGACGGAGGCCAUCAACCCCGUGCUGGUGCACACCCGGGGUAGUGACGCCCCUGGGGCACCGCCCCCCGCCCUCCAGGAGUCCCCCGCCGCGCCGAGAGUGGUGGACGUGAUUCCUAAAGCCGUGAACUCCAAGCUGUGGGACGGACGCACCAUCUACGCGCCGCGGCCCCGCCCCGCACUCCGCACCCACAGCCUGUCCCUGCCCCGCCCCGCGCCGCAUCCACGCCCGCCCCCGCCGCGGCUCAUCAGGAGAGUGGCCGAGCACGCCCACGACGAGAGGGACGAGAAGGAGGAGGAGCGGGUUGGCGUGACGCCAGAGUCCACCGCGGCGUACCUUGCCUCGCUGGAGCUGCUGGCCUCCCACUACCGCCACCAGGCACUUGCCAACGCCAAGCAAUUACAACUACAACAGCGACUUCUCCUGCAGCAACAGAGACAACAACAACAACAACAGCAGCAGCAGGCCACUCAAGAUGCAACACAGACUGAAUUUUUCGAGGAGGAAGAAGAGGAAGAGGAGAAAGAGGAGGAGGAUGUGAAGGGGAAGAAGAAGACGUCUCCUCCUGCACGGGUCCUCUCAGAGCCUUACCUGGCGUCACCUGUGAAGGAGGACAGUGAAUGCUAGUGCUGAGGAGGAAGAGGCGGAGGAGGAGAAGGAGAAAGGAGUAGGAUAGUAAAUUCUCACUAAACCAAACUAAACCAAAUCAAAUUAAACCAAAAAAAAAAAAAAGCAUUUAAAGUAUAUAUAUUAAAUAAUUUACUCCACAAACAUUAUAUCCUGAAAUAUCGAACUUUUUUUUUCUGAAGAACCAAAACGUACCCAAGAACUGAAUAUUUUCCUUUAUGGUUCGAGUUUUUCUUUGUAUUAAACCUUUCCAUGAAGGGAAGUUGAUAGAAGGAAAACAAGAAAGUAGAAGGAAAAGUUUACACUGAACGUUCCUGCUUGGAAAACGAGAAUCAAAUUAUAUAUAUACUUUUUUUUUCUUAGGAAUGAAGAAAUAUUCCUAAAGUUUAUCUUCCAAGCGAGGGUGUGAAAAGUGCCUUAGAAAAUAACGAAGGAAAAUAAAGGAAGUGUUAACAAUAAAAAAAAAAAAAAAAUAGUGACGAUUAAAAUAUAUGAAAAACUUAAUCAAAAUUGAAAGUGCCUUUUUUCUAAUCAAAUAUAGGAAAAUAAGAAAAAAAGGUGUCUUAGAAGGAAGUGAACAUAGAAAGAAUAGUGUUAUCAAAAAUAUAUAUGUACAGAAAUGAUCAGCAAGAAUGAAAAUAUAAACUGAAUAAAAAAAAAAGCGUCUUAGCAAAAAAAAAAGUUAAGUAAGAAGAAAACAAGACACAUGUAGAGCGGUAAUGAGCAGCUGCGCAAAAGAAAUUAUCGUACAUUUUGACCACCAUCACAUACGAGGCAAUAAUGAACAAAAUAAUGAAGGAAAGAGUAAUGGAAACAGGCGAGAGCAAAUCAAUGGAACAAAAGAAAAAGAUGGAAAAGAUAGCAAAAUGGGAAAUAAUGAAGGAAACAUCAAUCUAAGGUAAUGAAAGAAGAAAAUAGACCAAAAAUAAGUAAAUGAAAAAAUAAGAGUGAAAACAGUACUACACUAAUUACCUGUGUACAUGUAGACCUUGUUGUUAGUUAAGGUGACGUGUGUGUGCGUGUGUGUGUGUGUGUGUGUGUGUGUGUGUGUGUGUGUGUGUGUGUGUGUAGCCUCGCAUGAAUAUAUGUAAUGUAUGCACUGAUAUGUAUUGAUAGAGAGAGGAGUGAGAUGUAUGUAUGUAUGUAUGUAUAUAUAUAUAUAUGUGUGUGUGUGUGUGUGUGUGUGUGUGUGUGUGUGUGUGUGUGUGUGUGUGUGAAGAAUGUUACGAUAGGGAAGAAGACAGAAAAGGAGGAAGACGAGGAGAAAAGGAGAAAUUUGAAAUACGAAAAGGGAAAAAAGAGAAGAGAAUAGAGAAAAAAACAAGAUGAAAAGUAAACACAGAUGAUCACCUCGUACAGAAAAAGAAAACUAGCAAACAAACAAAAAACAAGAGCAACAAAAACGCAAACAAACAAACAAACAAACAAACAAUACGAGUGCUGAUACAAAUGAAGAAAGAAGAAAGAAAACGAGGAACGCACAAGGAAAGCAUGAAAAAAGAAGACGAAAGAAGAAAAAGAACAAUCAAAACAAGAAAAAUACGAAAAAAAAGACUGAUUAAGAAAAAAAAAAGGAAAACACAAGUAAAAAAAAAAAACAAGAAUGAAGAAAAGAAGAAAUAAACACAAGGAAAAUAAUAAAAGAAUAUGAUUUAUGAAUUAAAAGGAAGGAAAGCGCACUGACUUCCCCCUCCCCCCCCCGCUACCUUCGCAAAGCUAGGAUACCAAAGUAAAGGAAGAAUAAAAAAAUAAAUAAAUGAUAAAACAGUAGCAUAAAUAAAAUAGAUUAAGUGUACAAGGGGAACUAUUUAUCAAGAGGAAAGAGUAUUGUGUGUGUGUGUGUGUGUGUGUGUGUGUGUGACGAAGAUUUUACAAAUAUUGAUUCAUUCGAGGGUAUAUAUUGAGCGCCACAGUUAAGAAGGUCACGUCAGGUCAGGUCAGGAAAGGUCAGAUUACGUUAGGUUAGGUCAGGUUAGGUCAGGUGUGAAGUUAAUGCAUGUGACCUUUCAUAGAUUUGCACCUUUACUGGAGAAAUGCUCAAAAUCUCUCUCUCUCUCUCUCUCUCUCUCUCUCUCUCUCUCUCUCUCUCUCUCUCUCUCU